GACCGUACUGUGGUAUAUUUGUUUACUACAAGUAAUAUAAAAGGAUUUUUAUCCUUAAAAUACAUUCAUAGUGUCUCAUCUUUGAAACGUGAAGGUACUCAAAAAUGAAAUCCGUCGUAUUAGCAUUAUGUGCGAUCGGUUGCGCGUACGGCGUGGUGCCGGACGACAAGGCAGCCGUUGUCCGAAGCGACUACCAACAUAACCCCGAGGGUGGCUACCAGUAUGUUUACGAAACUGAGAACGGAAUCUCUGCACAUGCGGAAGGAGUCAUUAGGACUUUGAACAAGGACGAGGUCUCCCACACAGUUCAGGGCGCGGUAUCUUAUAUUUCACCUGAUGGUCAAAAGAUUGAAACAACUUACGUUGCCGAUGAAUUCGGAUACAAGCCAUCGGGUGAUCAUCUUCCCACUACGCCGGCGCCUGUACCGAUCCCAGACUACAUCCUCCGUGCCUUGGAAUGGAUCGCGACCCAUCCCUACAAAGAACCAACCUCAAAGAACUAAGAACGAGGAACUCUCACCCAACGAUGCCUAAUCAAACUUAAUGUUAACGAAUCUGCUCAAACUGUCGACAUCACAAAUAAGUAUUAAAUACUACGAUGGUAAAGUGAUGAAA